UUGGCUCCUCCGGAGGAUGCGAAGCCCUCGCGCCCCAAGCAGAUGAUGGCGAUACGAGAGCUGAAAGUGUGUCUGCUUGGAGAUACUGGCGUGGGCAAAUCAAGUAUAGUUUGCCGAUUUGUUCAGGAUCAUUUUGACCACAAUAUUAGUCCUACUAUUGGUGCUUCUUUCAUGACUAAAACUGUGCCCUGUGGGAAUGAACUUCAUAAGUUUCUGAUCUGGGAUACAGCAGGACAAGAACGGUUUCAUUCAUUGGCACCGAUGUAUUAUCGUGGGUCAGCAGCAGCUGUUAUUGUUUAUGAUAUUACCAAACAGGAUUCAUUUCACACACUGAAGAAAUGGGUAAAAGAACUAAAAGAACAUGGUCCUGAAAAUAUUGUAAUGGCCAUUGCGGGAAACAAAUGUGAUCUUUCUGAUAUUAGGGAAGUCCCUAUGAAAGAUGCCAAAGAAUAUGCGGAGUCUAUAAGCGCAAUUGUUGUUGAGACCAGUGCAAAAAAUGCAAUUAACGUUGAAGAACUCUUUCAAGGAAUCAGUCGACAGAUCCCUCCCUUGGAAACUCAUGAAAAUGGCAAUAGUGGAACAAUCAAACUUGGGAAGCAGACUGCACAGACAACUAGGCGGUGCUGUUAAACCAGCCUGAUUGGGUUUGAUUUACUUGAAAAUAAAAUGGCAUCAUUUGGUAAUUUAUUGAGUAACAGACUUCAGAAACUCAGUGACCAAGUACCUUAUCUAAACACA